AUGACAACAAACAGAUAUAAGGACAAGGUUGGAGUGGAGACGGUAUUUGCUGAUCUUCGGCGUGCAGGUCCUAAGUUGGAGGAGGUUGUUGGCGUUCAAUCGUUGUCUGAUGGUUCGUUUGAUGUUUCCUUUAAGACUCCGGUGAUUUGUCGUCGUGCGGCAGGUGAAUUGGGAAGAUUGGUGUCUGGUCCAGAGGUUCAGAUAAAUGAUAGUAGGGUGACGGUGACGGUUUUGUAUGUUGAGCUGGAAGUGCCAAAUGAGGUGGUUGAGUGUGUUCUGUCGAAGUUUGGCAAGGUGCUAAAUUCUAGAAUGCUAUCGCAUCGUCAGUAUCCUAGUAUUUUGAAUGGGAAUAGGCAGUUUGUGUUGCAAUUGAAGUCAGACAUCCCGUCUCAGCUUCGUAUUGGGUCCCGCAAUUGUUGGGUGUCGUAUUGGGGUCAGCCUCGUACGUGUUUGCGAUGUGGUGAUGAAGGCCAUCUGAUUCGGGAGUGUGUUAGAAGGAAGUGCAGCAAAUGUUUGGAGCUGGGUCAUGUUGUAGCUGACUGCAAGAAUGACAUCGUUCGCCUGUUCUUAUCGAAAUCUGCAACAAUAGAUCAGCAACCUGGGAUCUGCAUCUUGAGAUGGAAGAAACUAAUGUGCGAUAAGGUACCAGAAGCUGGUACAGCAAGACCAGGUGUGGCGCUCCAGCUUGGUGGGUAA